AUGUUUAUUUUGAAUACAAGUAGAAGAGAUUCUAUUAUAUCAGUUGCAACUUGCAACUAUUCUGAAGAUGAAUCUGUAUUUUGGAUGGUGAUGGUUUUCAGGGUUGCCUUAAUAAUUCGCAAAGCUGCAGCUGAUGACGAGUGCAGCACAGUGACAUCACUGGUAUCAGCAUGCGCCAGCUUCGUGAACUAUGGCACACCAGAUCCAAUUCCAGGUGCACCAUGCUGCAUUGCUAUAACGACUCUAAGCACCAUAGCAAGCUCCACUGGCAUUCAGACUCGCCAGUCUGUCAGUAGAUGCAUGAUGGAUCUUAUUACUACUUACAAUCCAAAUGCUACUGCCAUUGCCACUCUGCCUGGUUUCUGUGGUGUUUCUCUUGGUUUUAGCAUUGACCCUAACACUGAUUGUGAAUAG